AUGCCAUCACCGUCGAAGCAGAGGAAAGUUGCCAUUGUUGGCAGCCGUUCAGUCGGCAAGUCCUCGCUCGCAGUCCAAUUCGUCGAUGGCCACUUUGUCGAAAGCUACUACCCGACCAUUGAGAACACGUUCAGCAAGGACAUCAAGUUCAAGAACCAAGAGUUCCGCACCGAGAUUGUGGACACCGCUGGCCAAGAUGAGUACAGUAUUCUGAAUUCGAAGCACUUCAUCGGUAUUCAUGGAUACAUGCUGGUCUACUCAGUCUCAUCCAUGUCGUCAUUCGAGAUGAUUCAAGUUAUCCGAGAGAAGAUUCUUAACCAUCUGGGAGUCGAGUGGGUACCGAUUGUAAUUGUUGGUAACAAGAGCGAUCUGCGACCCGAGCAGCGCCAAGUCAGCGCCGAGGAGGGCAAGAAGCUGGCCGAGAAGAUCAACUGUGCCUGGACCGAAGCCAGCGCCAGGUAUAACGAGAAUGUCGCCAAGGCCUUCGAGCUCCUCAUCGGGCAAAUCGAGAAGUCUCAGAACCCCAACGAGCCGGAGGGUGGAGGCAAAUGCGCCAUCAUGGUUCCGAGGAAGCAUCCGCGGGCUACAGAUAUGCUCGACGUCAACGACUUCAUUGCCGAGCGAGGCGGCAACCCUGAGGCGAUCAGGGAGUCGCAGCGCCGCCGCUAUGCCAACGUCGAGGUCGUCGACGAGAUCAUCGCGCUCUGGGACGACCACCGAAGGACCCUCUACAGCGCGACUCAGAUGAACGCCGAGAUCAACGGCGUGCAGAAGCAGAUUGGUGCCCGCAAGAAGGCCAAGGAGAAUGCCGACGAGCUCCUGCAGCAGAAGAUUGCCCUCGAGAAGGCCAAGAAGGAGAUUCUCGACUCGGCCAACGAGAAGGAGGCCAAGCUCAAGACCCUGGUCAAGUCCGUGGGCAACAUCAUCCACAACUCCGUACCCGUCAGCGACAACGAGGACAACAACGUGACCCUGAGGACGUGGGCGCCCGAGGGCGUGACGGUCGAGAAGAGGGAUUGCCUGAGCCACCACGAGGUCCUGACCCGGCUCGAUGGCUACAGCCCCGAGGCCGGAGUCAAGGUCGUCGGACACAGGGGCUAUUUCCUGCGCCAGUGGGGUGUUUUCCUGAACCAGGCCAUCAUCAACUACGGUCUAGAGUUCUUGACAAUGCGGCAUGGCUACACGGCGCUGCAGACGCCGUUCUUCAUGAACAAGGAGUACAUGGCUGCCACUGCUCAGCUCGAUUCCUUCGACGACGAGCUGUACAAGGUCAUCGAUGGCGACUCCGAGAAGUACCUCAUUGCCACCUCUGAGCAGCCGAUCAGCGCAUACCACGCGGAUGAAUGGCUCCAGCCCAAGGACCUCCCCAUCAAGUACGCUGGCUUCUCGACCUGCUUCCGUAGAGAAGCUGGUUCUCACGGCAAGGAUGCCUGGGGCACCUUCCGUGUUCACCAGUUUGAGAAGGUCGAGCAGUUCGUCCUCACAGAUCCCGAGAAGAGCUGGGAGAUGUUUGAUGAGAUGAUCGCCCACUCCGAGGAGUUUGCCCAGUCCCUGGGCCUGCCUUACCGGAUCGUUGCAAUUGUCUCGGGGGCUUUCAACCAGGCCGCGGCGAAGAAGUAUGAUCUUGAGGCUUGGUUCCCCUUCCAGGGGGAAUAUAAAGAGCUUGUUUCCUGCUCCAACUGCACUGACUUCCAGUCUCUCAAGAAGAAGUAUGUCCACUGUCUCAACAGCACGCUGACUGCCACUUCUCGAACGAUGUGCUGUAUCAUGGAGAACUACCAGACUCCUGAGGGUCUGCGCAUUCCCGAGCCACUACGCAAGUACUUGCCCGGCGCACCAGACUUCAUCCCCUUCACCAAGGAGCUUCCCCAGAACACUACCUCUCAGAAGGCCAAGGGCAAGGCGGACAAGGGCGCCAAACCCAAGGUCGCUGCCGCCGUGGACGCAGCGGCGUCUGCUGUCGAGCAAGCCGCGGAGAAGCUGAAGCAGACGACAGUCUAA